AAAUGCAAAGAAUGGAUAAAGGACCUCACGGAAAAAUAACUUUCCUCGAGUGUCCAUGUUUAACGUCAUGGAAAUGCUUAGUCUUAUUCCUUGCAGAACGGAAGAGAGUGGCUAGGACUUGCCUAUGAUGUGCUUCGUUGUCAGUCACAGUUGUUUUGUUGUUGGCUACUCCCUUCUUUUUUUCUAAGGUAUCAAGAUGAAGAUGUGCGAGAACCUGUUUAACAAGGAAAAUGGAGCAAGUUUCCAAAGGAAUGUGGAGCAAAACUGAACUAGCACAAGGAUAGCCUAACUACUCCCCCCUCUCAGCGUUUGCAUUUGAAGCACCUUGUUAUGGAAUAUAAUAUUUAGAGAUCUCUAGAUCAUGUCUGUAGGAUGUACGGCAAAUCUGUUUUGGAAUAUUACAUUACGCAAUGGUAGCUCGAAUCCCGUGGAUUACAACGACCAUACGAUCUGAAUUGCUUGUCGAUGAAAACCGAUGUUUGUAGGCUAUUGCUUGGAGGAAAAAGUUUCCACACAGCAUAAGAAGAUCAAUGAUGUUUUCAAACAUCCAAGCUUUGUCAUCAACCUAUUUUAAAUAACUGGAACAAAAGAAGUGAUGCUUUAUGAAAUUAUGGAACGUUAUCAGUAGGAUUCUGAAACUGAUACGUCCAUUGUUGAGCACGGUCACCGCAGUAGGCUAUAUGAAGUUAUUUUAUAGCAGCUGGAAGAAGACAUUUUAGCUAAAACCUACAAAUCUAUCGCUAAAUAGGAAAAGCGUGUGUUUAUGGACAUAAUGGUUUACGAAAUGCUACAUUCUGUUUUAUGAAAGGUCAAUACGAUUAUUUAAAGAGUAGGCUACUGUACUCUCUUCAGCUUUUGUGUAAUCUGACCCUUCUGUUGGUGCCAUUUGAGCUUUAAAUCAUUAAUUUGAUAAAAACGUAUGUCACACUUCAGAAAAGUGUUAUGUGAGCAUGCUGCGAUUACAUGAGCAGUAGCAGCAUAAUGAUGAUUUGAGGCAGGGUGCAAUUUAUGUGCAGAUGCUUUUUCACAGCUUUUGAGUCAAAAUGUCAGUGAAAGCCAAGGCCCUUUACACUUUCCAAAGCGAAAACAAAGAAGAGAUCAGCAUCCAGGAGAAUGAAGAGCUUGUUAUCUUUAACGAGCACUCUGUGGAUGGUUGGCUACAAGGGGAGAACAGUCGAGGGGAGAAAGGCCUCUUCCCUGCCUCCUAUGUGGAGAUCGUCCGUCCUCGAUCCAACUCAAACCUGACAGACUGCUCCAUAAGCCCAGCUGGUUCUCUAGGUAAUGACUCCUCCUACUUCACCUCUGCCCCAAACACCCCAUUUCACAUGGAGCAGAGGUACUAUGAUGACGAGGACGACGACUGGGAUGACUGGGACGACAGCUCCACCGUGGUGGAAGACGAAGACCCCAGGAGGGGAAGUGGGGCGAACGGACAUUCUCAUCAGAACCCGCACUCCAACAACCCCAAUGUCCACUACCGUGCUAAACCUUACAUGGAGAGGCAGGACAGUAUUUCCAGCUCGCGGAAGGGCAGCAUGGUGGGCAGGAACUUGAACCGGUUCUCAAGCUUUGUGCGCUCAGGGGUAGAGGCGUUUGUAUUGGGCGAUGUCCCUAUGAUGGCCAAGAUAGCUGAGUCAUACACCAUUGAGAUGGGCCCAAAAGGGCCCCAGUGGAAAGAGAGCCCUCAGCCUUUCUCCUGUUCUGUGGAGGACCCUACCAAACAGACCAAGUUCAAAGGCAUCAAGACCUAUAUAUCUUACCGGGUCACCCCCAGCCAUACAGGGCGACCUGUCUACCGCCGGUACAAGCACUUCGAUUGGCUAUACAACCGUCUGCUGCAUAAGUUCACCGUCAUCUCUGUGCCUCACCUGCCGGAAAAACAGGCCACAGGACGUUUUGAGGAGGACUUCAUCGAGAAGCGCAAAAGACGGUUGGUCAUCUGGAUGGACCACAUGACCAGUCAUCCUGUCCUUUCACAGUACGAGGGCUUGGAACACUUCCUCAUGUGUGCUGAUGACAAGCAGUGGAAGCUGGGAAAGCGGCGGGCGGAGAAAGAUGAGAUGGUGGGUGCCCACUUCAUGCUGACCUUUCAGAUACCCAACGAGCACCAGGACCUGCAGGAUGUGGAGGAGCGAGUGGACACCUUCAAGUCCUUUGCUAGGAAGAUGGAUGAAAGCGUCAUGCAGCUGACCCACGUCGCCUCAGAACUGGUUCGAAAACACCUUGGUGGCUUCAGGAAAGAGUUUCAGCGCCUGGGAAAUGCGUUCCAGUCCAUCAGCCAGGCGUUCGUGCUUGACCCUCCUCACAGCUCGGAUGCCCUCAACAAUGCCAUUUCACACACAGGCCGCACUUAUGAGAACAUUGGGGAGAUGUUUGCAGAGCAACCUAAGUAUGAUCUCUUCCACAUGCUGGACAGACUGUCACUCUACCAAGGCCUGCUUGCAAAUUUCCCAGACAUAAUUCAUCUGCAAAAAGGUGCGUUUGCCAAGGUGAAGGAGAGCCAGAGGAUGAGUGAUGAAGGGAAGAUGGAGCAGGACGAGGCGGAUGGUGUUCGCAAGCGCUGCCGAACGGUGGGGUUUGCUUUGCAAGCUGAGAUGAACCACUUCCAUCGGCGCCGGGAAGUGGACUUCAAGGAGAUGAUGCAGGCCUACCUCAAAGAGCAGAUCGCCUUCUAUCAGCGCGUGGGCCAGCAGCUGGAACGCACCCUGCACAUGUACGACACCCUGUAGAGCAAAGGUCGUGCCCAUGUCUGUCUGGUUAACAGUGACUGCCCUGUCCAAAUAGCAUUCAUGGUUUUCUAACCAGCCUUACAAUACUGGGAAUUGGGUUUUGGAUAUGGUUGAACAAUGCAAUCACAACACAAUGGUAGCAUUUUUUUAAGAGGUUGACAGCUUAUAACUAGAAAAUCUUACCCUAACCCUAUUUUACUUGUUAGAGGCAAAGUGUGAGUUUCAUGCCAGAUGUGAGAGAUUUGGCAUCCCAGAUGGAUAACGCCUCCCAGACAUAGAACAUGUAGCUUGUUUUUGCAUACAUUUCCAGGGAGUGUCAUGUUAUGCACAUUUUCUGUUCAAGGCAUUUAGAAGAAUCUUUAUAGGCUCCAGUUAGCAUUAGCCCUCCAAACUUUGAACCAGCUAUUUACAGCAGCAAAAACUUCACAAAACCCACAUUAUGACUGUCUUUCAGGCCUUGGGUCACAAUUUCUUAUACAAAAGCACUGGCCAAACGUAACAAAUAGAUGGAGUAAAUUAUUUACUUGUGAUGUUUAAUUCUGUCACAUAUGUGCAUUGAAUUACCUGCAGUUUGAUUUAAAUCAAAUGGUUGGUGACACUAUGAACACUUGAAUCUCAAGGUAUGGGUGAAGUGGGCUUUUCAGGGACAAGUGGAUGUAAAUAUGAGUCGUGAUUUACUAACAUUUCAACAACAUUUCUCAUAUUCCACAUCCACUUAAACCUAGAAAACACAACUCCCCAUACCCAUAAUCCACUUGUGUAAUAACUUAGUUAUAUCAUACUGUACUUUGUAAUUUCAUAGCAGUUCGAUAUAACUUAUUAUUACCACAGGUUUUACAAUGUAGUUGCUUGGUGUAAGGCUUUAUAAUGUGUUCUGCUAUACUAGUACAUGAAACGCCCAAAAGCCACAACACAAGCUCUGUUAAAAAAAGUAGAUUCUGGUAUGUUACCCUCAUGCAGUGCGGUGAUCAAGUAAUAUGUGGAAAAGUUGUAUUUCUUGGCAGGGACAAUUUACAGUUUAAAUACAAACAUUAUGAUGCUUGAAGAGAACAACUAAGGGCUCAGCUGAUUGGAUGAUGUAGCCUUACUGUCUUUGUCCUCAAGUUCAUAUCCUAGACAAGCCAGGAUUGUGCCUGUUGAAGGUUAGUGGGUUACAAGCAACUGUAGAAGCUUCAGGUUAAUUAGUAGGGCUGUCAACUACAAUUUGAGGGCAAGGUGGAGGAUUUGACUGUGGCUCAAGAGCUUGCAGGUCCAAAUGCCCACCUGUGUGUUGCUGUUGGACCUGAAUGUUGCUUUAUAACACGUGCUUCAGAAGAAAUCCAGUUCUUGCUUAGCAACAGGCCAUCCUGAAACUCCCCCCAACUUCUAAAAAUGAUUCUACAGUCUAGCUUUGUGUUCUUCAACCUGAAGCUACCAAGUGAAAACUUGAAUAAUGUAGUACAAGGAAUACAUUUGAGAUAAGCGUGUCAGUUUUGGUGGUUACCUUUGACAGCCCUAAUAAUUACAAAUAUAAUGUUCUUUGUGUGGUUUUAGUUAAAGAAGUGCCUUAAGAAACCAAGGCAUGUUGUGUGUGUGUAUGGGUUCAAGACUUCAUCUGAUUCUUCUUUUUUGAAGAGAAAUGGAGCCCUGAAUUUCCUGUUCUUCAAUUUGCACAGUUCUUUAACUGGGGGACCUGUGUGUGUGCAUCAGAGAGAACAAGUUGAGAGUGCAUACAGGGGAAUGUGUACAGAAUGCUGUAUGUCCAAAUUAAACCAGUCUGUUAAUAACCUAAUAAUGAUUCCAAACAAAUGAUUGUCUCCAAAUAUAUAAUAUACUGAUUGGUUUUUAUCAAAGUAAACAUCAUAUAGGAAUGUGUGGUUGAGUUUUUUUCAGGUUUAUAUGAACCAAUCAGUUAAGGUGUAGCCACAACCUAAGACAGCUCCACAUUCAAGUUAUUUCAUGUAUUGCGCAACAGUUCAAGUCAUAUUUCUCUACCAGGUUUGUGAUUAUUUAACUAGUUAUUUUCUUUUGUGCUGUUUAGCAUUAUUAUUAGUAUUAUGCAAAGUGUUCUUAGACUACAGAAUAUGUGUCCUGUCUGAACAUGUGCAUUGCUUUUAAAUGAUCAGCUCUUAUUUCCAGUUAUACACUUGUAGGGUUGUAGUUAAAACAAUCCAAAAAAAACAAUAAUAGAUGGAAGUGCAUUAAUUAUAUGUUUAAAAUUCAUUCUGUGUAGAAUUGUAACAGUCACACCUGCCAAGAGCCCCCGUGUCAGCUCUGGGAAUGGUCUACAUGGUUCACAUUCCCAGGUGGGGGACGACAUUCCAGGUGUUGAAUCUCUUCAAAUCUUUUUUUUCUUUUCUUUCUUUUCUUUUCUUUCUUUUACCUUUUCUUCUGUUGUCUCUCUUUGCACAGUUGUGUUGCUCUAAGACCAAAGUAACCCCAUUACUUUCCACUGGACUUUUUUUUUAUGCUGAAGGGUCUUAAUUGUCUAUUGUUAACUCCCUCGAUUCUUAAGAAAGUAUUUUUUCUCAUUCGCUAUUUUAAUGCAAACGUGAGGAUUAAAAAAAAAACUUUGAAAUGGGAGAUGAGAAGGAUUUUCUUGACAUUUGCAAAACAUGUUGUCUUUUUUACGACAACCACUGGCAGCCUGAUAAUAAUGAAAUUCCCUAAAUGUUGACAGUAAUUUAGUGUUUGGUGAGGGGAAGCAUUUUCUGGUUGCACACAUGAUUUAAUCUUGAAGAGGAUGUGUGAAAUGGGGGCUGAUACAUGUUUAUCAGAGGAAGAGGACUAGUGUUACAGUUGGAGGCUCUACAUUUUAAUAAAAGAAAUAUAAUGAUGUGUUUUGUUCAUCUCUGCA